AUGGGCAAGAUCACGACUCAGCUAGUCGUAACAGCGUCAGAGAGGAGGUGCCGGCCAAAGGCAGUUGAGCUAGGCAAUCGUGAGUGGGUGACGCUGAUCGCAGCGAUCAACGCAGCUGGCUGGUCUAUCCCACCGUUUCUAAUCUUUACUGGCAAGUAUCACCUAUCUGCCUGGUACGAGGAGGCAGAGAUCCCACGCGACUGGGCCAUCGCAGUCAGCGACAACGGCUGGACGACUAACGAGCUAGAAGUUAAGUGGUUAAAGCACUUUAUUAAGCAUACAGAUGGCAAGGUUGUUGGAGCACGUCGGCUGCUUAUUCUUGACGGCCAUGAGAGCCACCAGUCACUUAAGUUCCAAGAGCUCUGCAAGGAGAACAACAUAUAUACGCUCUGUAUGCCGCCUCACUCAUCUCAUCUACUUCAGCCUCUUAACGUUGGCUGCUUCUCACCGUUAAAGCGCGCGUACAGCCGCGAGGUGGAGAGCCUAAUCCGCCAUCAUAUCAACCACAUUACCAAGCUCGAGUUUCUGCCAGC